AUGAGAUUGCUAGUGAGUUGCACACAUAAUGGUUCCUUGAAGGAAAUAGUCUGUAAUCCAGGUACAGAUACAUCGAUACAGACCGCUACACAACCUUUAUCCGUGAAGUCUCAUAUGAUUGAAAAUGCAAACGCUAAGAUUAGUCAGCUACUGAACAUUGAAGACACAUUGGUAGUGGCUAGAGAUAAUGGUACUGUCGAGUUAUACCACUCAAAGAGAGUUCCACAUACUGUAGUUUCUGAGGAUGUUACUAGUACGACUGAGGGAGAAUCUAUUGAUUUAAAGCCUGAGUUUGACAUUACAGAGUUUGAAUCGUUGUCUACAGUGAAGGACUUACUAGAUGAUACUAUCUUAGAGAGUAUAUCGAAGAAAUCAUCAAUGAGAACUAAGAUCUAUGAUACAUUUGUCAAUAUGCAUCAAUUACCAAAUAAUAAGGAUAUAUUACUAUUAGCUACUAAAUCAGGAUUAAUCCAUAUUAUUGAAAUUAAAAAAAGAAAAAAUUUGAAAUUAAUUAAGACCCACAAAGUUAUUGCACCAUUGGAUUUUGCACAAAUUUAUGAUAAUACAAAGAGUAAAUCAAUUGUGUUUGCAUAUGGUGGUGAAGAAAAUCUUGUGAAAUUAGUUCAAUUAAGUAACAAUUUUAAGGAAUUAACUAAAAUAUGGGAAGCUAAAAAUGUUGCUAAUGAUAGACUUGAUAUGAGAGUACCAGUUUGGCCAACUGGAUUAAAAUUCUUAAAUCCUCAGGAUUCUGAUAAAAUUGAUUCUGAUAAAUUAAAUUAUCAGUUUGUCGUAGUGACACAUUGGUCCCAUUUAGGAAUAUAUCAAACACAACAUGGUCGUAAACCAUUACAAUAUAUCGAUCUUCUACCGAAACGUGAACCAUUGGCUCGUCUAGAGAUGGUCGGUGACCUAACUCCAACUGGUAAUUUAAAGAGUUCAGAUAUUAAUAAUUUCAGUUUAAUUACUACCGAUUUAAAGAAAAACGUUAUGAGAUUUAAUAACAAAGGUCGAUUGAUUACCAAGUUUGGUAAAGAUGAUAUUGUUGGUUCUCCUUAUUUCGUGAAAACGGUAAAUGGCAAAUAUGUGUUACAAGGUGGUCUAGAUAGAUAUGUCCGCGUAUUUGAUUUGGAAUCCGCAAGAAGAAUAGCUAAAGUAUAUGUCACUGGUAAAUGUAACAAUAUAUUGUUAUUAGAUGAUGAAGAUGUGGAGAUCCCACAACUUCAACCAAAGGGUAAACAAUCACAGAAAAAGAGACAUCAACCAGAAAAUGAAACUGAACAAGAUGUUGAAGAGCUUUGGGAUCAUCUUGAAGAAAACAAUACUUCAAAGAAGGCCAAGAAAUAA